UUAAACUUUGAAGUAAAUACUUCGGCAGCGACGAUGCAGGAGAUCUGUAGAUUUUGUCGGUGUGUAUUCGUCGUUUCUUACGACACCGGUACCCACCUCGGCGAACACUCUUUCGUGGUGGUGAAGCCCAACCCGCUUAUUGAUCGAGAUCCAGAAAUCUGUACAUAA